AUGAUAAAAAAGAAGCAAAUAAACAGAUGGACACAUCCAAACAACGAACAAAAUUUUGAAGAUCAUAUCGGUAAAUUCCUUCAAGAAAAAUCAUCAACAAAUGAUAUUAACAUUCUAAAUGACAUAAUAGUAGAAGCAAUAACAGAAGCUCAAAAGAAAUGCUGCCCAAAAAGCGUGAAGGAAGAAAAAAUUAGUCUGGAAACACAGAAAAAAAUGGAACAAAGAAGAAUACUGAGAAGCGACGAAAACUCUAGUAACGACGAUAUAAAUAGAAUGAACAAGGAAGUAUCAAGAGAAAUCAGAAAAGACUUAAGAAAAUACAAAGAUGAGAAAAUCAUCAAAACCAUUGAGGAAAAUAAGAGUAUGAAAAUAAUGAGACGCAAACUCACAAAUGGAAAUAAACAAAUAGUCAAACUCAAGGAUAGAAAUGGCAACAUCACAUCAAACAGAGAACAUUUGUUACAAAUUGUGGAAUCAUUCUAUGAGACAUUAUAUAGCAACCAAUCGACUCUAUAUAUAGUCGAAUAUCAACAGAGGAAGGUCCAAAAUCAGGGUUCCGAAGAUAUUCCAGAAAUCUCCUUGGACGAAAUUUACAAGGCUCUAAAAAAGAUGAAGAAUAACAAAGCUCCGGGGGAGGAUGGUGUCGUCACGGAAGCGAUAAAGUUAGGAGGCUCAGUACUGAUAGCCAAAAUUCAAAAGCUCUUUAAUCUAUGCCUAUGGAAUCAAAAUAUCCCAACAAAGUGGAAUAACUCAAUAACUGUACUCUUACACAAGAAGGGAGAUAUAGCAGACCUGGAAAGAUACAGACCAAUCAGUCUCCUUAACCAUCUUUAUAAAUUAUACACCCAAAUAAUAACGAAUAGAUUAGAGACACAGCUGGAUUUUUACCAACCUCGGGAACAAGCUGGUUUCCGCCCUAAUUAUGGCACAAACGAUCACCUGCAGUGCCUA